GUGCAACCAUGUAUGUACGCGACCCGGUCCAUCUCCUUGGACACGUUCUCUGCACCGUGCACACUGUACCAGCGCUAGGCCGAUCCACACUUGAAUGACUGGGCUGGCUGUGAUGGGCGGAUUUACUUCCGUGACCGUUGUCGCCUCGGCCGUGUUCCUGAUGGGGACUCUGGCAAUGCAUUGGACUGCGGACCACCUGAUGCUGUGGCAGACGCCGAUCACACGGCAGUCGCUGCUGACCGCGCACGAAUACUACCACUACACAUUCUCGGACGCGUCCAAGACAUUUCAGAGCGCCAUUGUCGGCGUGGCGUGCCUCGGCGCCGGCACGGCGUUCGUCAAGAUCCUCGGCGGGAGAGAGAGCAAUUGGCUCUUCGACGGGGCCAGCCUAUUUCUCUGGGCAGCGAUCGGGGUAGUGCUGUCACAGAAGGUAUUCCCGAGCAUCGUCGCGCUACCGCCGCUGCUGCCGUUGCCCGAGGCAAAUCCGCUGAAUGCGUCGGACCUGCUUUCGAUCUUGCUGCGUGACCUCGCGACGGCAAAUGCGCUGAUCGCUGCGGCGCUCGUCGGCGUUGUGCUGCUGCAGAGCGGGCAGUAUUACUCGGAGCGGUUGGAGGAGCGCGAGCGCAUGGAGGAACUGGACGCGCGGUUACGCCGGCGGCAACGGCGCUUGGAGCACGAGGCCCACGCCACAAAAGAGAAGCUAGAAACUGCGCAAACGGGGUCGUCUGCGGCCAUAGCAGUUACGACGGCAGUGUCGAUUCCGGCGGAAGGCACUUCCGCGAGCAGCCGCGCGUAGCUGCACCUAGGCUUGGACGAUUUGCCGUUAAGAAAUACUGGCCUACGCUUCCACUGCACUGCAUCCGCUCUUGCUCCCCCGCUUGCCGUUGAUGCAAUAUUCAUCUGAUUUUGAGGGCUAACGGUAUACGCUUACGGAAGCCAAAGACGAUUCCACACUUGAUGCUGAGCGCUUGCGCCAUGGCCUGGCGGGCAUAUGUGCUGACCCCAUACGGACUUUGUUGAGGGCGGAAACGGACCGCAGACACGAGAAAUGUAGAUGUAGGCGCGCACUCACGUCCUUCGUAGACGCACGAAUUGCAGCCGCCGCAGUAGUAGCAGAUCAUUGCCUCGACAUCUGAGCGAGAGCAGGGAGAAACGCGGGUCACACUACAAGCCGCUGGAAGCCGAGCUAAUGCGAUGGGUGGCGCACUGUGCACAGCCAUUCAUCAUAUUUCGUGUGAAAAUGUAUUUGGGGGGGGUCCG